CCUAAAUAUUCCUACCGCGAAACACCUGCGGGUGAGCACUCCGCAUCACCACACAUCACGAGCCAGAAUAGACCGCCGCCACUAUGCCUGCGCCACUAGCUAAAGGUACCUAAGCUCUCUCCACUACAUUUCUUCUCUUUCCAUCGCUUUGCCACCCUUCCUGCCUGCUUCUGCCAACCAGUCCUCACAGGACCGCAUAUGGCUUCCGCAAACCCAAAUCCUCGUCGAGAUCCUCGUUAUGGAAGGCCUAACAAUCCCAUGGGAACAGGCCUCAUCAUCGCCGCCUCCGUCCUCGUAGCCGCUGGCAUCGCUAUAUAUGAAAGCCCACAAGUUCGACAGUUCAUCGAGCAUUCCCGACGCAAAAUCGCCGUUGCCUUACACUCCCUCGGAGACGAAAUCCAGCCCCCCCGCCGCAGCUCCUCGCAGUCAUCCAACAAUGCCGAGACCGCUGAACAGAUCCGCAGAAAGCGAAUGGAGGAGAUUGUUCGACGGAACCAGAACGAACUGAUCCGCCAAGCUCAAGAAGAAGGCAUUGCCGUUGAUUUGGAUGAGCUCGCUAGGAUAGGGAGAGAGGGGGUCGAGGUCGAGAUGAUGGAGUAUGAUCGCCGGAGCAAGAACCGAGACCGGGGCAGCAGCUUCGAUGACCUUGUUGGUAGUGAUGGAAUGCUUCGAGACAACCACCCUCUCAUCAAUCUCGUGGAUGAGGACAAUACUGCUAGAACUGCCACUGCUACGGAAAACGCUACUGCUGAAGGACUGAGACGUCGUGGACAAAUCUUCUCCGCUGACAGCAGAGCACAAGUACUUUUUGAUCAGGAACACGCUACUAAAGAGACAUCGGCUGCACCACAAGCAUCUCGGGAAAGCACUGCAACUAUCGAAGGAGAACCACUUAUUGACAUGAACGCCGAAGACCCACCACUCAGCCUACCACAGGAAGUACAGACAGAGUCCAUCCCUUCGCUGUCAUCUUCUACCCAAGCUCAGGCACAAGACGGAUCCCAGUCGUUCCAUUCUUUCGCGUCUGCUUCCGUCAUGUCCGUAUCCGACGACAUGGAGCAAUCCAACCCGCACGUAUUCUCCAACAGCAUGGAAGAAGAGCCCGAGGUCAUGUCAACUGGAACUCUCACCCCUACUGAGGAUGGAUUCUCGACUGCCGCAUCCAUGGUUGGAAGCCAAGCUGAUGACGUCGCAGUGCUCUCAAUGACCAACGACGAGGACCACGAUGCGAGGUCAGAGGCCUUCAGCGAGGGCGGCUUCAGUGAACUCGGCGAUGGCGAUCGGAUAGGUGCACGCACCCCGAACAGCUGGACGGAUGUCGGCAGCGAUGAUGGGAGUGAGUAUGCCCAGGCUAGCAACCAGGGCCUUCCUGCUACCCACUACCAUAUAUAAUCGUUUGUGCCGUGGGGUAAUGAAGCUAGGAGUUUUUGGAGCUGUAUAUCGUUGGACGAGGACUUAGGUGUACCGGACUGGAUAGGCACAAGGGCAUCUCACUAGUUGGACCGCGGCGUUUUUCUCAAAUAGUUAUAUGUAAAAGAUCCUUCAAUCGAAAUGAUUACCUGUUCAUUAGCAUGACAUACGAAGAC